AUGGACASAAGCGAGCAGACGCCUGAUGAGCCUCUCCUCAGAAGCAAAAGGAGGCAAGAUCUUCCAGAGAUGCUCAGAGAAGUGGGACUGGAAGUUGAGUACUGGUUGAUCAAGCUGAAGGGUCCUGGUGUGACCUGUGCCCAGUCAUUACAAUCAUUAAAAGAAAAAGACCUCCAGAAGCUGAAAUAUGAGGUAAAAUAUCCAUGGGAGAAAAGGGCCUUGAAUAAACUGCUUGACCUGUCCCACUCAAAUAGUCUUGCAGAGUUACAGGAGUCACCAGUGGAGAGGAAAAAGGAGAAGCAGGCAGAACAAGCAGUGAAAGAGCUGAGGAACUUGCUGUCAGAAAGGAGACAGAGACAGGAAGAGGCAGUGAAGAGAAAGGAAGCAGAGCUGAGGCAAGCCAUGGAGAUCCCUGAAGAGAACAGGYUGAAGCCUCCAAAGCCCCUAAGGGAAUUCAUGGAAAUUAUGAAGAAAGAACUCAGUCCCAUGGAGCAGACGCCAUCCCACAGGCCAAACCUCCCAGAUACAGAUCUGGUAAGAUGGGCAUCURGAGGGCUGGCCCUGCAGGGAAUAUACAAAACCUGCCACCACAUGGACCUGAUACAGAGGAGAGAGGAGCUGCUCAGUGUCCCCAAGGAGUUCUCACUCYUUGGCCCUCAGCAGGGCACAUUGAUGAAAUCUGAAGAAUUUACAUCUUCUCAAGCAGAAGUCAUGUUCACCCAGUCUAUGGAGAAUUUAGGCUUCAGUUUAACUACUUCAGCCAAGGGUGGAGGUUGGGGAUUUAGUUUAGAAACUGAACUGGAUAAAAGCAAACAUUCAGAAUCCAAGCAAACCCACCUAACAAAUUCUGAGUGCUCUUAUUUCUGCUCAACCAAGUUCAGAUACACUCCCAUGGCAUCCUGCAAUUUCCCCAUUGAUCAACUCCAGUUGUCCAAUGCUGCUCUUCAGGAAUUGAAAUGCCUUGAAGACCUUCAGGAUCAGAUUACAGACCCUCAGGAAUCCCAGGUGCUGAAACACUGGAGUGAAAGAUUCUUCCACAGGUUUGGCUCUCAUGCUAACCAAGGCCCUCUGCACCUGGGAGGAAUCUACUGGUGGAAGGCUGUCUCAAAGGGGUUCCAAAAUUAUCACCUAGUUGAUAUAAAGCAGCAGGCAAUAGAGGCCCUGGAUUUUUACAUAAGUGGUGGCUACCAUGGUUUUGGAAUGAAUGUUGCUGCAGGUAUGAAUGUGUCAGACUCACAUUCAAAAGCAGCUGUUCAGAACAAGACUUUUCAAAACCUCCAAACCAAAUUCCAAUUAUCUGUAUCCAAGACAGGUGGACCACCAGAAGCAGAUGACCUUGCUCAAUGGAAAGCUGGCCUURUUGCCAGCAAUCAAACCUGGUGUGUCAUUGAUCGGGGAAUUCAACUGGUGCCUAUUUGGGACAUCAUCCUCUCCAGAUACAGAAGUAAUUUUAAGGAUCCCCUUAAGGUGGCUAAUUGCCUGAGAGACAAUUACACUUCUCUGACUGGUUUCUCCACACAGAUCCAAGAGGGAGAGGAGUUACUGAACAUUAGGCAAGAGGUUAGAGUUUUCCUAGAUGGUGUGAAGUCCUGGGUGGUGUCUGAUCCAGAAAAACAAUUUCAAAAAAUGAUAGAUUUCAUGCAAAUAUUGAGUCAAAAAACAAAAGGUGAUGACACUUGGAUUAAUCUAUGCCUCACAGAUAAAGAUCUGCAGAUCUUUUUAGUCAAUACUGUCAACUUUUGCAAAAUGUCUUUAAAUUAUAAAACAAAAUGUAUUAAAAUGCUCUUGGGUAUUCUUCUUGAUCCUCACAUCUACAAAGUGGAAAAUUUUCCUCAGACUCACUCCAUUAUGCACUGGAUCAACCAGCCAGAGUCAGAAGAAGAACUUGUCAAAUGCUUCCAAUUUUCUGAAUUUAUUAAUAUUAUAAAGGAUACCCAAAAUGAAGUCUUGGAAGUAAAGGUAAAAUCUGAGUCUCCAGAAUCAGUUGAAAAAGCUCAAAGAAAGGCCACAUAUAAGGUCAGCUUGGCUCUCAACAGCUUCCUAAAUCACCUCCAAGCAUCAGAGCAGACAGACACAYAGCUCUUGCUACUUUCCAUUGCAGCUGGUGCAGGAUAUCAGGUGGUAAGUAAUAAUUUUCGACAUCUUCUGAGCCAUGAUGAGUUAAACUUCCUUCUGGAUAAAAUGCAAACUGCCUACAAUAAAUACCAGCAGCUGAAAACCACUUCCAGCUCCAGGGCACAUGCAUUUCUGGUGUUCACAAGUCUGACAGCCACAGCUGGUGUCACAGUUAUUUCACCAGAAGAGAAGACAAAACGCAUGGAAUUUAUAACAAAACAUAUGGAACAAUUCUUUUCUGAAGAAGUUGUGCAUGUCCUCACUAAAUGUGGGGCAGCUCAUGAUUGGGAAAACUUAGAAAGAGACUUAAGUCUACUCAUUGAUGGAGAUUAUGAAGCUACCAUCUCUUCUGUGAAAAUGGAUGAGGUCAAAAGAGAGCUACAAAGUCUUCUUGAUGAAAAGAAACAGCCCUUCGAACCAGAAACUAAUACAAAUAACACACAUGAAAUAAUAGAAAAUGGAGCUUUCCUGGACUUACUCCAGCGUCUUGGCCUAGAACAUUACUACCCAAAAAGGAUGARUAGAGCUGACUUYCAUCUGAUCUACAAGCCUUCYGUGUGCAACACUCAGCCCAAAUCUGAACAGGAACUUCCCUUUUAUUUCCUUCAGAAGCCACUGAUGCUGGAUUAUAGAUUGAGAUACCAGGUUUUCAAAGAGGAUGGAAACAUAGAACAUCAGGUCUCUCCAAGUAUUUCYAAUCAGGAAAAUGGAGCUAGUAAUCCAUAUGAAGACUUUUUUGAAGAUGAUGAUAGUCUCACUAAUACUUUGAUCAUUGAGUCCAAGCCCCACAUUCACCCCAUGGAUAUUCAGAUGGCCAUUUUUCACUGUGCAGAUGAUUUUGCCAGACAAUAUAUUUUAACCAAACUUUCCAUUUGUCAAUUUGCCCUGCCCCUCCUGGUGCCAAAUCCCUGCACUUCUCAAAUUGAAUUCUCUGUCUGGUCUCUCAGACAAAUUAGGCGAAGUUGGCAACAAGCAAGGGAAUCACCACAAGGGAAAAAUAGUCACCAAAGUCAGCAGAUGUGUCGUGUCUCCACUCCCUUUGUGUCCUUCAUUAGAGUUGGCAGUGGCCUCUCUGCUUCCAAAUCUCAGAUCAUGAACUGUCUUCUCAGUGAACACAAACAUGAUGUGUUUUUCCACCGACACUGCAGAGAAAGCAGCAAGAACUGCCUCUUGAUGGGGGGUGUGGUGGAAAUCUGCUGGUUCUUCCCUGGUGGGGAAGAGGAAGACAGGUUUGACAAGUGUGUGACCUUCACCAAUCUUCAUGGAGAUGCAAAGGAAAAUAAAAGGCAGCUCACUUUUCUGCAGGAGGUCUCUUCUAUCAUUGCGGUCCUCAUGUCAGCUUCUGAUGACAAUGAAGAAAGCCGAGCAGUUGUUAAUGACUUGUGGCAGUCCUCAAAAUCAUUGAUCUGCUUGCUUGAUGACAAAGAAAAAUCCAAAUCCAAUUAUUCUGAUAGAAAGGUGAAAAUUGGUAUGAAGAGCAAAAAUGGUGCAGAAGUGACAGAGGAACUCACAACUGCCAUCAGACAUUUGCUAAAGUUCUCUGACACUGCUCUCAGCAUAGAGGACUGUUGUCAUAUUGCUUACCAGAAAGGAUUUUUUAUUGAUGAAGACCAGAGUGAUUUCAAGGAAGUCAAGAAAAAGGCACAAAUUAUAAGGGAUCUCCUAGGACAAACAGAGUUGACUCAAGUGAAGGAAAAUUUUCUUCCCCUUCAGGGACAACUGUGGCAACUUUGGUGUAGGAAGGACAAAGAACUUUAUCAUCUGAGAGAGAAGGGAAAUCGAAGCAUUGAACAACACAAGAGUGAGAUUGAGACAGAUAAACAAAGAAUAAGGCAACAACAAUUGGAAAAAGCUUUUCCUCUAAAAGAUGUAAUGAAAUUUGUGCUUCAAAUUCUCUACAAGUAUUCAGAAACUCACACUUUACUCUACUUCUUACAAUGGAUGAGUAUGUUUUUGGAUAUYCUGACUGCAGAGCAUUUGAAAAAUCUGAAUGAAAAAUUAAUUCAUUUGUUUUCAAACAUACAAACAGAAAAGCGAAUAUCCCAAUACAGCAACUCUUUGAAACUCUUACAACAUCAAAUAGAAUCCAUCUCUACCAAGAUUACUGAUUGUACCUUAGGAAUUGAGCAAUUUCUCAGAGAAAUUGGCCAGAUCUAUGAAGCUCUGGAAGAAACUUCUUCUACAAGAGAUAUACUUUUUCUCUUCCUUCCCCAAAUUGCUGCAGACCUGAUGAUAGCUGGUGUUCCCAUAGAGCUGAUUGAUGGGGAUACUUCCUAUGUGCCCCUAAAGUGGAUGGCAGCUGUUUUUGACAAGCUCUCUGAGAAACUGGGAGACAAACGGCUCUUUGUUCUCUCUGUCCUUGGCCUGCAGAGCUCUGGGAAGUCCACCCUACUGAAUGCUCUUUUUGGGCUGCAGUUCAAUGUAAGUGCAGGCAGGUGUACCAGGGGGGCCUACAUGCAGCUCCUAAAGGUGGAUGAGUCAUCAACAGAGGAACUUGGCUUUGACUUUGUGCUGGUUGUAGACACAGAAGGACUUYGGGCCCCAGAACUCAGCAACAAAUCCCAGAAUUGGGACAAUGAGUUAGCCACCUUUGUCAUUGGACUUGCAAACUUGACUCUGAUCAAUAUAUUUGGGGAGAAUCCAUCAGAAAUGCAAGACAUCCUACAGAUAGUAAUCCAAGCCUUUCUGAGGAUGAAACAAGUGAAAAUCUCCCCAACUUGCAUAUUUGUGCAUCAGAAUGUAGGAGAAGUGACAGCUAAAGACCAAACUAUGGAUGGACGAAGGCGGUUAGRGCAGAGGCUAGAUGAAAUGGCAGCACUGGYUGCUAAACAAGAAGAGUGCUCAGAUGUAACCUGCUUCAAUGAUGUCAUCAAGUUUGAUGUCAAUACUCACGUGUACUACUUUGCUCACCUCUGGGAKGGCAAUCCCCCCAUGGCCCCUCCCAAUCCUCGCUAUAGCCACAAUGUCCAAGAACUGAAAAGUAGAAUCCUUUUGACUGCCAAACAGGAAUCCAGAGGAAGUAUCAUGAGGAUAUCAGACAUAAAAUUCGGAGUUCAAGAUUUGUGGAGAGCCCUGGGAAGUGAGAACUUCAUUUUCAAUUUUAGGAACACCCGAGAGGUCAUGGCCAUGAGCAAACUAGAAACCAUGUAUAACCACUGGACCUGGGAACUCAGGAGUCAUAUGUUGGACUUGCAGAACCAGCUUCACAAUCAGAUUCAGAAUAGAAAAAUUCUGACACUUAUAGCAAGCAUGAUUAAGGAUCCAGUUGUAAAGAUAGAUGAAACCAUCAAGCAAGAAUUUGAAAAAUAUUUUAUUGAAGACACAGAGAGCUAUAUACUCAUCCAAUGGAAAGCCCAUUUUGAAAAUAGGCUGCUAUUMCUUAAAGAGUCACUUAUUUUGGACRCUAAAAGAAAAGCCAAUGAACUUAUUMGUCUCAAAGAAAGUCAAGAACAACUGGAACAGAAAAAGAAGGUAUAUCAAAAUGAAUUACUGGAUAGGAGCCAAAAAUUGGCUUUAAGUUUAAAUGGUGAAAAAUUGAGUGAUGAAGAUUUACGUGAGAAAUUCAACCAAAUUUGGGGAAAAUGGGUCUGUGAAGUGUCCUCAAAUGUCCCUCAAGCCAUAGAGCCUAACAUUGAUGUGGAUGCUGAAAACAUCCUUUUAGAUCAUUUCAAAAAGGAGAAAAACAUAGUAGAAAAAAUAAAGAGAAAUACUAGAGAGGAUUUUCAAAYAGAUUUUGUAAAACAUGUCAAGAUUUGUCCAGAAUAUUGCAGUUUCUCAAAGAAUUUAGAGGCCUGUGAUAAAGUGCCCAUUAAUAUGACUACUGAACGCAUUUUUUCAAGAUUUGAUGAAUCUAUUAACAGCAUUUGGAGUCACCAACGUGAUUAUCAUCAAAGUGACUUCCAUGAAAUCCUGAGAGUAGUAGAAAAUGAAGUGAAUUCUGCACUCACUAAGGACAGAUAUAUAUUUACCGGUGAAUACAAAAUUGAAUUAUGUUGGUGUUUAUUUUGUAGAGCAUCAAAACAUUUUAAGGAAAUUCACAGAGCAUUMAAAAUAGCAAAUGAUCCUGUAAGGUAUCUAGAAAACAAGAAAGAUGAUUUUUUCAUGAGUUUCAAGAUCUUCUGCCAAGGUGCAACCUCCAUCACGUCUUUUGUUGAUUUUCUCUGGCAGAAGCUCACUCCUGCUGUCUCUGACACCAUAUGGGGGAAUAUGUGCCUGAAAAUAACUGGGGACAUACAAGCUACCUGCCCUGCCUUCAAWGGAAACAGGGCUAACCUGGAGAAACACAUUCUCAUCUCUCUAGCAGAAGAAGAAAAUUUUGAUAGUUAUUGGCAAUACAUUCAUAAUCCAGAAUCAUUUUUUAGGACUUACAUUAGAAACAAAACCACAAAGUACUUUUCAGUCAACAGAGGUAAAAAUAUAAAGAUAUUUUUUAAAACAAGUUUGGAGGACAUCAAWUCUGCCAUCCUGUCUGCCAUUYAUGAAUCCACAGCAGUAGCUAAAGAUAAAAGCAGCACUGCAUCUGAGUGGCUGGAUUUGUUCUGUGACUACCUGGGGAACAAGCUGAUCUUCCCACGAAGAGACUUGAUAAGCAUUGAGCACCAGGAAAUAAAAGAUAUGGAGUUUCUCAAAGAAGCCAUGAGUGCAGCUUUGGAUCCUGCAAUGAAAAAAGUAGAAGAAAUUUUUUCAAGUAGGAAUAUAGAUAAAAUGGUUCCUGAAAUUGAGAAAACCCUCUCUGAACAUCUUUGUGGUUGCUGGAAACAGUGUCCCUUCUGUAAAGCAAUUUGUACAAACACAAUUCCUGAACAUGAUGGAGACCACAGUGUUCCAUUUCAUCGUCCUCGGGCUGUCAAUGGAGAGUAUCAAUAUAAAUCAGAGCACUUUGUCAUUGAUUGUUGUACUAGUUUAGUAGCAAGUGAUUCUUCGUUUAUUUUGAGAGAUGUUCAGGAAUUUUCAUAUAAGGAAUAUCGGCAGGCAGGAGGGAAUUUUGCCACAUGGAGCAUCACCCCAGAUUCAUCCACCCAACCAUACUGGAAAUGGUUUGUCUCUCAYUUCAGAUCAGAGCUAGAAGAAAAUUAUGAGAAAAAAUUUACUGACCUUGGUAAAAUCCCUGAUGAAUGGGCAAAAAUCACAAAGCAAGAUGUGCUCAAUGAUUUGAAUAAACAAUAA